GAUGUCCCCGGGUGUUGUGCCACAUUUCAACACAGACGGCGGUGAGGGGUCAAUGUUGUCGGGGUCACUGGUCGGUACCACGUGGGGACGUAAAACCGGCGUUUACAAUGGACAAUUGACACUACGCGCGUCAUAUACGUUACGUUGAGACACUUUUAGGGCGAAAUAGUUGUGUGUAUUGAGGCCGAACUGCUUGUGAAAGUAGGCUACUGUUUUGUCAACUCCAGCACACUAGGAAGUGAAGGAAGUGAGGUUAACCUGUAAUGUAGCUAGGCUUGACUGGGGUCUCUUCAAAAAGCUUUUGCACGAACGUCGAAUAAUUUCCUAGUUUCUCUAACUAACUUAAUUUUUUUUAUCUCAGGGAAUGUAUUUUCUUUAAACGACUUUAUUUACUAACGUGGCGUAAUAAAUAGAAGCUGGUGCCAUUUGUAGUUUGAUUGGCGAACUUCGAGAGGUGGUCUAACUGGCUUGGUUUAAAUGUACCAACACGAUAUUUACUAUCUUGGAGCUGUCAUAGACAACCGUAGUCGGUCUACUCUGAACUCUCACUAAAAUGUAACAGAAAUACGUGUCUAGAUUGUUUUCACCAGCACGUCGUUGAAUAAACGUAAGCUACAAUAUGAGCAGCGGAAAACCCUCUUUGGUUGAUGGCGAAAUCAACGACAAUGAAAAUGUGUAUGAUUUGAAAAAAAAUAAAAUGAUGUUGUCUGCCGGUGACAGCGAGGAGGUGCGCCUGGAGAACAAUAUACAACUCAACCGGAACGGUGACGAUACAACCAAAACGUUAAAACUAUACAAGCGGAGAUGGUUCAUCGUGCUGCUGUUCAGUUCGUAUUCUCUCUGUAACUCUUUCCAAUGGAUCCAGUACGGAAUUAUCAACAACAUUUUCAUGAGGUUCUACGGGGUAGAGUCUUUCACUAUAGAUUGGAUGUCUAUGAUCUACAUGUUGACUUACAUCCCCUUCAUAUUCCCAGUCACCUGGUUACUGGAUAAGAAGGGUCUCCGUAUUAUUGCGCUGGUGGCCACGGCCAUGAAUUGUGCGGGGACUUGGAUCAAGGUGACAAGCGUGAGACCGGAUCUGUUUGCGGUGACCAUGCUCGGACAGUUCUGUUGCUCCCUUGCGCAGGUAUUUAUCCUCGGGAUGCCGUCGAAGAUCGCCUCGGUGUGGUUCGGAUCGGAGGAAGUGUCCACCGCUUGCUCCAUCGGGGUCUUUGGAAACCAGUUGGGUAUAGCCAUUGGGUUCCUGGUCCCUCCCAUCCUGGUGCCUAACGUUGAGGACAUGGAUCAGCUGGCCUAUCACAUCAGUAUCAUGUUCUACAUCACAGCAGGAGUUGCUACCUUGCUCUUCCUACUGGUCGUCAUAGUGUUCCAGGAGCGUCCGGAGCUCCCUCCCACCCAGGCUCAGGCGACAGCUCGCUGCAUCCCUCCUGAACAGUACUCCUACACCGCCUCCGUCCUCAGGCUGCUCCGAAACAAACCCUUCCUCCUCCUCAUCCUCACAUAUGGACUGAACGUGGGCUGUUUCUAUGCUGUUGGCACACUACUGAACCGCAUGAUCAUCGAGCAUUACCCUGGUGAAGAGUUGAAUGCAGGGAGGAUAGGUCUCACCAUCGUUAUCGCUGGCAUGGUGGGGUCGCUGAUCUGUGGCAUCUGGCUGGACAGAACCAAAACAUACAAACAGACUACCCUGGCUGUCUACCUCAUGUCCUUCGUAGGGAUGUUGGUCUACGCCUUCACCCUCAGUCUGGGUCAUCUCUGGGUGGUCUUCCUCACCGCUGGAGCUCUGGGGUUCUUCAUGACAGGCUAUCUUCCCCUGGGCUUUGAGUUUGGCGUGGAGCUAACCUACCCCGAGUGUGAAGGCACCUCUUCAGGCCUGCUCAACUGCUCUGCACAGGUGUUUGGUAUCAUCUUCACUAUCUGCCAGGGGAAGAUAAUAGAUAACUACGGGACGCUGGCAGGAAACAUCUUCCUCUGUGUCUUCCUCUUCAUCGGAUCAGUCCUUACAGGCUUCAUCAAGUCAGACCUGCAGAGACAGAAGGCUAACCAGUUGGCCAAGGCAGCUGAGGACGGACUUCUCUCUGGACAGCAGCAGGGCUACGGGGCCACGGCUCUAAUCAAGAGACUGGACAGCCCUUCUGAUUCUUCUCAGACUUGAUCACUAACCCCUCCCUAACGCUUACACUCUUAGCUCGAACCUCAGACGAGCCAAGGUAGGGGCACAGCAAACCGAAACCAACAAUCACCACACGCUUCUCUGUCCACUAUUCUCUUAGGGGUGAAUCCUAACUUCCUAGUUUAAAUCAGAUUAGAAUGCAGUCUCCACAUUUUGACAUUCGUGCAUAAACAAGUGGAAGUUAGGAUUCCCUCUUUCUCUGAACCUCUUUCACUUUUGACCAAAAAGGAGUUGAGAUUUCCUUGAAGAUUUUUUUUUAUUACUAAGACGUGUCUUUUUCUAAUUGGCAAAAAAACAAAAAAAAUGGGCUUCACAUGAUUUGAAGUGAUAAGAAGCUUUCUGGAAAAAUGUUACCCCUCACAUCUCAAUCCUCUUUUCUUUCCAUCUUCACUUUCCACCUCACACUCCAGAUUCCAUGAUUAAUGCACAGCUUCUGAUCUUUUCACCUGUAUUUAGUAUAAUAGGAUUCAUGUAGUAUCUCUGUAGUAUAAUAGGAUGUAUGUAGUAUCUCUGUAGUAUAAUAGGAUGUAUGUAGUAUCUCUGUAGUAUAAUAGGAUGUAUGUAGUAUCUCUGUAGUAUAAUAGGAUUCAUGUAGUAUCUCUGUGGUAUAAUAGGAUUCGUGUAGUAUCUCUGUAGUAUAAUAGGAUUUGUGUAGUAUCUCUGUAGUAUAAUAGGAUGUAUGUAGUAUCUCUGUAGUAUAAUAGGAUGUAUGUAGUAUCUCUGUAGUAUAAUAGGAUGUAUGUAGUAUCUCUGUAGUAUAAUAGGAUUCGUGUAGUAUCUCUGUAGUAUAAUAGGAUUCGUGUAGUAUCUCUGUGGUAUAAUAGGAUGUAUGUAGUAUCUCUGUAGUAUAAUAGGAUGUGUGUGGUAACUCAUGUUUGUGUAGUUGGGUCUAUAAAUACACUGAGUGGACAAAACAUUAAGAACACCUUCCUAAUAUUGAGUUGCACCCCCUUUUGUCCUCAGAACAGCCUCCGUUUUUGGGGCAUGGACUCCACAAGGUGUUAAAAGCGUUCCACAGGGAUGCUGGCCCAUGUUGACUCCAAUGCUUCCCACAGUUGUGUCAAGUUGCAGUUCUUAAGUUGUACUUCUUGACACACUCAAACCGGUGUGCCUGGCACCUACUACCAUACCCCCGUUCAAAGGCACUUCAAUAUUUUGUCUUCCCCAUUCACCUUCUGAAUGGCACACAUAGACAGUCCAUGUCUCAAUUGUCUCGAGGCUUAAAAAUCCUUCUUUAACCCGUCUCCUCCCCUUCACUGAUUUUGAAGUGGAUUUAACACAAUGGAUCCUAGCUUUCACCUGGAUUCACCUGGUCAGUCUAUGUCCCUCAGUCUAACCUCUGGAACUCAGUUCCAUAGCAUUUUUCUUAUUCCAUUGUUCCCCUUUUAAUCAGGGACUGGAUUUUAGACCUGAGACCCCAGGUGUGUGCAAUUAAUUAUGAGGUAGGAUAGAAAACCGUCACCUCGUAGGGUGAGUUGAAUACCCCUGGUCUAUGUCAUGGAAAGAGCCGGCGUUCCUAAUGUUUUGUACACCCAGUGUACAUUCUUGUAUUUUAUGUAGCAUAUUAUGUUUAUUGGUAUUUUAGUUUUUCCGUUAUGUUGCCACAGAUACUAAAACAGUUGGUCUACUUGCUCUUGUAAUAAUAUUAGUUGCAAAAUUCUAGUUUCGAGUGGGGAAAAAAGUUCAUUUUCCAUAAAUCCUGGUUGUGAGAUUCCUGGAAUCAGAAGGAAAUGAGCCGGAUUUAUGGAAAACCUGGACAUGUUGGGAAAGAACUUUGCAACCCUUUAUCAGGAACGUCUUGAGCUGGAACGAUUGACAGAUUGUUUUGAUUGACAGGUCCCUUCAGAUCCCGAGGACGGGAACCUCCCUGCCUCCGCAGUCCUCGAAGGAACCAGGUUUUAGAGACGGACGAUCUGCUGGAGACACACACACACACACACACACACACACACAGUAAAUCACCAGCAUCUCCCACCCUGUGGAAUGUGAAGUUUAGGGGAGGAGCACAAUCAGGAAGUGUUUACAACCACUUCCAUUUAACAUUGUCCAAAAAGACAUCCAAAAUUUAUGCAACAACAAAUAUUAUUUCUGUAUAAUUUCUAGAUGUGCCAUAUCUAAUCCACAAAAAUGUUUACUGUUCAAAAUUAGCACAAAUAAUACUGUCGUUCUACAGUAUACACUGAGUUUAUAAAACAUUAACACCUGCUCUUUCCAUGAUGGACUGACCAGGUGAAAGAUAUGAUCCCUUAUUGAUGUCACUUGUUAAAUCCACCUCAAUCAGUGCAGAUGAAGGGGAGGAGACGGGUUAAAGAAGGAUUUCUAAGCCUUGGGACAAUUUGAGACAUGGACUGUGUAUGUGUGCCAUUCAAAAGGUGAAGGGCCAGACCAACGAUUUAUGUGCCUUUGAACAGCGUAUGGUAGUAGGUGCCAGGUGUACCGGUUUGUGUCAAGAACUGCAACGCUGCUGGGUUUUUCCAAGCUCAACAGUUUCCAAUGUAUAUCAUGAAUGGUCCACCACCCAAAGGACAUCCAGCCAACUGGACACAACUGGGGGAAGCAUUGGAGUCAACGUGGACCAGCAUCCCUGUGGAAUGCUUUGGACACCUUGUAGAGUCCAUGCCGCGAAGAAUUUGAGGCGUUUCUGAGGGCAAAAGGGGGGGUGCCUCAAAGUAUCAUUUAGCUUUUUUUUUUAAAGACCAAAUCUAAAGUUUGAGGAUCCAGACACUUUUUAUUUUAUUUUACUAACCCCAAUCCUCGUGCAGUACAGGGGCACUGGGGGGGGGGGGGCGGAAACAACAAAUGUGCUAAAAAAAAUCAAAAUGUGGCCUUUUAGAAAUCGUUAGAUGUUGUUCCCGAUGAAAUUGUGUCAUUCUGAACUUUUAUCCAAAUACAUUAUAUUUAAUUUUGUAGCGACUGAAGCGUCACUUCUUUUUGUUCAUUCUAGCAGCAGACUGACUAUACAGAGAAUGGAACAGCUGGAUGGGGGAAAUGGCUGGAGUUGCACGAAAUGGAAUAUAAUGUUUGCGGAUAAAGUUCGGGAAGGACACAAUGUCACGUGUAGAAAGACCUGCCGCUCUAUACUGCGCGCGUUUUCCAUUUCUAAAAGGACGUUUUUGGAGCGUGUUGUUUUUUUUUUUUCAGAGCCCCUUUACAACGAGGAAGUAAAUCGCAAGUGUGGGUAAUUUUCUCAAAAACAACUGUAAGAAAAUAGACUUAGUUGUAAAAAAUAAAGCAAACUUGUCCUUUUUAAGGUUUCAGUUGCAUGGAAGCUUUACUAAAACUACCACAAAGACAUGUGACAUCCGUUUUCAAUAUGUAGCCAUUGAGGUUGAUUUUGCUAAUCUUUUGUCGUUAAAAAAAAAAAACAAGUUAUUAAUCUUUGAAAGAAUGCACAAAUAUCUUGGAUAAAUGUUUUUACAAAUACUGAUCGUGUCAGACUAAUAAAGGGUAGAGUAUUUUUGUAAGAUACUUUUAUACUACCUGUAUCUAUAAAGUGAACCCCCCCGUCACUUUUCUAGAAACACAGAUUUUAUAGUUGUGUAUAACAGUCCAUGUUGUUCUGUAAAUGUCACAUAUAUUUAACAAACAGGUCUGUUUGUUGAAAUAAAGAAUGGUUUCCUAAAGGUA